UCGCACAGUCUAUCUGUCUCUCUGUUUUCUUGCUCUUUGCUUCUUGGGAAAAAAAAAAGUCAAAAGAAAAAUGUUGAUCGAUCCCAUCGUCUCUAUUGCAUGGGACGUCUUGAAGUUGGUAGUUAUUCCCGUCAAGCGUCAAUUCGGAUACGUGAUGUCCUCCGAGAGAUACGUCCAGGAUCUUCAGAAGGAAGUCGGGAAGCUGGCCUACGAGGUUGAGAGGGUUCACAAUGCCGUGGAAGUGGCCAGAAACAAUCUUCAGAAUGUCUACAGUCAGGUUAUUGAGUGGCAGGCAUGUGCUGAGAAGGCCUUCAAGGACUCGCAAGACCUGUUGGGCGACUCCGAAAUGGCGAGCAAGACUUGCUGCUACGGGACUCUUCCCGACCCCAGUUGCCGCUGUCGGUUCAGCAGGAAGGCCAAAGACAAGAUCGAAGUCAUUCAGCGACUUGCUCGAGAAGGCAGUGAGUUCAAGGACAUCUCCUUCAGCGGUCCUGCUCCAGGGAAUGUCGCUGCUCCGACUCUGGCCAGGAGAGAAGGGAAAGACGUCGUCCAAUUGACCACCGCAAUGGCCUCCACUUCUUCUGCCUCUACGUUGACUAAGGUAGAGGAUGACCGCGUCUUCGAAUCCAGAGCUUCAAUCAUACGGGACAUCAUAGAUGCUCUUGCUGACAACCGCUAUGGUGCGGUUGGGGUUCACGGGAUGGGCGGGGUCGGGAAGUCCACCCUUUUGGUUGAUGCCGAAAGGCGAAUAAGGGAAGAGAGGUCAUUCGAUCUGGUCGCUAAGGCCGAUGUGUCGGAGAAUCCAGAUAUCAAGAGGAUUCAAGAAGAGAUUGCGCACGCGUUGGGACUGAGUGAAAUAGAGAAGAAAGAGUCCGUCAACCUGCGAGCGGAACUUCUUCGCAGGAGGUUGGAAGAAGAGGAGAGGAACAAAAAGAAGGUGCUCAUAAUACUGGACAACCUCUGGGAAGGGCUCGACUUGAAAUCAGUCGGCAUUCCUUGCGGACAUGACAACAAAGCCAUAGGAUGCAAGUUGUUAUUGACGUCGAGAGAUCGAGAUAUUUUGCGAAGGGAAGUGGGCUGCGAUAGGGACUUCCUCCUUGGUGGCCUGAAGGAGGAAGAGGCAAGAAGAUUGUUUGAGAGGAUGGUGGGAGACAAAGUUCGGGACGACGAUUACAAACCCUUGGUGGAUGAAGCCCUUCACAAAUGUGCCGGUUUGCCUUUCCUAAUUCUCGCGAUGGCCAAACGUUUUAAAGAUGCCGAUUUACCUGAAUGGAAUGAUACUUUGAAGCAAAUCGAGAUGUGUAAGAAUGAAGGAAUCGGUGAGGCGGUAAAUAAAAUGUUGCGAUUGAGUUAUGAUCAUUUGAAAGGCGAGGAGGUGAAGUCAUUGUUACGACUCUGUGUUAUCUAUGGCGUCUCUAAGCCCUCUCUGGAAAACUUGGUGAGGUACGCCAUGGGAUUGGGGUUAUUUGGAGAAUACAGUCGCAUAGAAGAUGCUAGAAAUAGGUUGAGCUCAUUGAUCCAUACUCUUCAAGCCUCCUCCCUUUUGUUGGACAAUGAAGAUGCUGAUAGUUUCAAGUUACAUGACUUGGUUCGUCAGUUCGUUGCCUCGGUCACUUCAAGAGAUCAUCCUUUUCUCGUGCUGAAAGAUAAGGAUAAAUCGGUGACUAAGUUGUCGAAGGACAAUCUCACAAGUUGUAAGGCUAUAUGCUUUCCCUAUGUUGACAUGAAGGAGCUUCCAGAAGAACUAUGUUGCCCCGAACUGCUCAUAAUUUUGCUGUUCACGAACAGCAAAUCUUUUAAAAUCUCAGAUUCAUAUUUCAACUCUAUGAGAAAAGUCAUGGUCUUAAAUCUUACCGGGAUAUGUCUUACUCUUUUGUCUUCGCUAUUUCAAUUCUUGGAGAACUUGCACACUCUAUGCCUUGAUGGUUGUUCGUUAGAGGAUCUAGCUAUUCUUGGCAAGCUAAAAGGACUAGAAAUUCUCAGCUUUGUGAACUCCAAAAUACAGCGGUUGCCAAAAGAAAUAGGGCAAUUGGUAAAGCUUAGAUUGUUAGACGUGAGCUGUUCCCCACUUGAGAUAAUUGAACCGGGUGUGCUUGGAAGCUUGAUCAAUUUGGAGGAGUUGUAUAUGGAGAAUAGCUUUCAUCAUUGGAAUACCGUGGAGCAAACUCCAUCAACUAGUGCCAGUUUGAUUGAGUUGAAUAACAUGAAGAAUCUUUGCACCCUGCACGUGUCCAUUCCCGAUCCGAGUGUGCUCCCACAGGAUCUAAACCUCGAGAACUUAAACAAGUACCGCAUCCAAAUAGGUAAUGCAUGGCGCUGGCCGAGCGAGUGCAAAGGAUCGAGGACAUUGGAGCUCAAGUUGAAUCCAACAAGUGAAGUUCUUGGGAAAGGUUGCAUACAAUCCAUUUUAGGCAAAACUGACAAUUUGUUUUUGGAUGGGUUGAACGGAAUUGAGCAAAGUAUUUGUGAGCUAUCCUCGAAAGGUUUUCCAAAAUUGAAGCAUCUACACGUCCAGAAUAGUCCCUCCAUCCAUUACAUCCUUGGAUGGCCUUCCGAUUCUACUUUUAAGACGUUAGAGUCGUUGAUUCUCCAUAAUCUCAUCAACUUGGAGAAGAUAUGCCACAGCCACAUCUCCUCCAAAUUCUUCAGUACACUAAAAGUAGCACGCGUCAUGAAUUGUGAUAAGAUGGAAGUUCUGUUUCCUCUUUCAUUAAUAAGUGAACUUCCACAUCUAGAAGAAAUCAAUGUUUCCGAGUGCUACUUAAUGCGGGAGAUUGUAGAAGCUGAAAAAUGUGGCAAAGUUGGCUUGCGUAAUCUGCAUGUACUGAAAUUGUGUGACUUGCCAAAUAUCAUCAACUUUUCCACUCCCGGGACAGCUCCUUCGAGUGGUACAUCGGAUGGCCAAGUUGCAUUCUUCAAUGGGCAGCAGGUUGCAUUUCCCAGCUUGGAGAGAUUGGAUAUCAGUGGCAUGGAUAACAUCGAGAUGAUAUGGGACAAUCAAGUUGCUGAGGAUUCUUAUCACAAUCUGAAAGUGCUUUGUGUGCAUGAAUGCAGUAAGCUAAAGCGUGUAUGGGAUAAGGAACUCCAUUAUCAAGAUAAGUUUCAGUGUCUACGUUCUGUUAGCAUUUCCAGAUGCGAGAGCCUCAUCUCUCCAUUUCCUGCCUCAGUAGCUAGAGAUCUAAUGCAACUUGAGGAGUUGAAGAUCGAUAAAAGUGGCAUUGUGGAACUCAUCGAGAAGGGAGGACUAGAAGAGCUGACCAUCAAUGUGAAAGCCGUGGAAGGCCCAAGUCAUGAGUUACCCAUUUCAAGAUGCUUUCGACAUCUUAGAACCCUAGAUGUCUCGCAUUGUGACGGGUUAUCAAAAAUGUUCCUGCCUACCAUAGCUGGAAAUUUGGUGGAACUCACAAAAUUGAGGAUAAGUAAUUGUAAAAUGUUGACAGAAGUCAUUAGUGAUGAGGGAGGUAAGGAGGGGUAUAUAGUGGCUUUCAAUCAAUUGAAGUAUAUGGAGCUUGAAGGAUUGACAGGGUUGAGGUGUUUCAGCUCUGGUAAAUACACUUUGAUGUUCUCUCUCUUGGAAGAUGUCAUUGUGACCGGAUGUUUUCACAUGAAGUUCUUCUCUGAGGGACCAAUAGAAGCGCCAAAGUUGAAGAGAGUACAAGUAUCGGAAGAAGCAUGGUUUUGGGAGGAAAACCUCAACACCACCAUCCAAAAUAUGUUCAAAGAAAUGCUAUCUGAGUUCCCUAGGCUGAUUGGAAACUGGCACAGCAAACUUAUUCCCUUCAAGUCGCCUUGGCAAUUAGAAUUACUGGUGGUUGAUAAAUGUCCAUAAUUUAUUAACGCUAUGUCAUCCAGAUUAAUGUCGUUUUUAGACAAUAUGGGAUCAUUGCAAGUGCACGAUUGCUGAGUCGCUAGAAUUAGUGUUCGAUCUUGAAGGGUUGGGGGCUGUGGAGAGCACUUGGGUGUUGCCUCAAUUAUAGUAUCUGCACUUGGUCAAUCUACCAAAGUUGAGGGGACUAUGGGAUAAAGAUCUUCAAAGGAUGCUGCUCUUCGGUUCUCUAAGUGUUCUGACUCUUUAUAAUUGCAGCAACUUGAGACAUGCUUUCGCUCUGUCGAUGGCACGGUGCCUCGCCAAUCUUACAUCGUUGGAAAUAAAGGAGUGUGGUCAGAUGGAAGGUGUGAUAGAGGAAGAAGGGCAAGAAAGUGCAGUGGACGAAAUUAGAUUCCCAAUUCUCUGGGCGAUAAAGCUGGAUUGCUUGCCCAAUUUGACUAGUUUCGUUUCAGGGAAGAAUCAUACGUUGAGUCGUCCUGAAUUAUAUGAGCUGAGCAUUGCCCACUGCCCCAAGAUGAGAAGUUUGACUUGGCAAUCUGAGAUUGACCGAGGCAGCCAUUCACUUUUCACUCCCCAGGUCCAGUUUCCUUCGCUCGUUACGAUGAUUCUCUCCCACAUGGACAACUUAACCAAAAUAUGGAUUAACGGUUCUCGAGAAACUCUUGCUUGCGAACGUUUAGGCAAAUUGACGGUUCAGAACUGUAAGAGCCUUGAAAAUUUAUUUCCGCAUUGGGUGGCUAGUAGCCUACACCAACUUGAGAAACUUCGAGUGGAGUUUUGUAUGAUCGAGGAAAUAGUGGCGAGUGGAGAUGACACUGCACUCUCCUCUACCGCUCAAGUUCUUUUCCCAAAACUGAACUCUCUGGUGUUACAUGGUAUGCCACAACUCAAGAGCUUCUGCCCCAACCUGCCUAAUUUGAAUUGGCCACUCUUGAAGAAAUUGCGAGUGACUCACAGUGACAAACUGAACAAGUGGACUCAGAGAAACGAUGAACAGAACCUUUCAGGUGAAGAAGCACACUCUUCAUUUGAGAUGGAUAUGAAAGAAUGAAAGAAGUGGUGGCAAAUGAUGGAAACAAAGAAGGAAAAGUGAUUUCUUUUAGGAAGCUAGGAACAUUAAGACUCCAACAUCUGCCAAGCCUAGUAUGCUUCCCCUCCACAAGUUGCAUCUUCAGAUUUCCAUCCUUGAAUUAUUUUGAAGUGGAAGAUUGCCGGAAAAUGAAGAUAUUUUCCAAGGGUCCCGUGAGCACACCAAAACAACUUCUCCCGACACUUUUCAGAUACAAUUGCGAAGUGCAGUUGGAAGGUGAUCUCAAUACAGCCAUACAAAAGUUUUCAGCAUAAGCAAGUGCUGGAAAUAGUACAGAGAUCUGGAAGUUACAAAGGCAUAGUCAAAUGGAGGCUGAUGGACAUACUCCAGCAGGUGAAGAUAGAGCCAUUUCAAUACUCCUUUUUCAUUUCAUCCUUCAGUCGGGCAACUGAAGUUUAUGGCAGUCCCUAUGCACAUUAACAAGCACGGAGUUUGGGGAGAGACCGAAAUUUGAACAGCUCAUCACGAGAUUUUCAAGGCCUCAAGAGCCAGACCAUUAGCAAGAAGAGUAUGUUCCCAGAAAGUGAAAGCUUUCUUCUCAUGUUCUGUUUGCAACUGAUGCAGGCGAAUAUACUGGUUGUUUUCUUGUUUCUGAUGACAAAACUGCCAAAGAACCAGACAGUUCCUGUUUCAUUUCCUAAAGACGCACAUCAAGAAAAGCCCGCAGAUCGUGCCUCUCACAUUUCAGGACAAAUCAUGGCCGGCGAAGCUCAUCAGCCACCUUUUAUGUAAUACGUUACAGCAGAGGAAGCAUCCGCUUUCGCUCACUUCUGUUGAGUUCAAAAUUGCCAGGCUAAAGUUUGCUUCCAAUUGAGCAGAUCGGAUAAAAGCAUGAGUUAUGUUCUAAUGAAUGGAAUGGUCCUGAAAAUGUGUGAAACAUUUCGUUGAUCCUAGUCUCUAUAGUCACCAUGUGGGCAGUGCACGGAUCAUGAGCGAUGACACGGAGGAAGCCGAUCGCGUUAAGUACAGGUCAGGCGGGCUCAUUUCCUCACUCGUCCCAUGGCAGAUUUCCCUUGUUGAACCACUCUCUAUAUUCCGAAGCACAACAGGAAAUUUAAUUUCAUCUAAGCAAGAAUCAAGCCGUCCUGCAAGUCUGUGUUCAUCAAAAUAUGCAGUUUUCUCUGGUGGUUCUAGAUUUCACA